GUCGUUUCCCCUUAAAUAAAAAAAAGAGAGGCGUUUAAUAUUUAUUUUUUUUUACGUUAUGUGGACGCCACCACAUGUUGCUUUCCAUCAUACUUGAAUUUCAGCUUCAGUACUGAUACUUCAACAAUGAAUCCAUAUACAGAAGAGUCCCUUCAUAUCAGAAUAAGAGACAUCAAUCCCCAUAUAGUUUGCUCUCUUUGCGCUGGUUAUUUCAUUGAUGCCACAACCAUUACAGAAUGCUUACAUACCUUCUGCAAGAGCUGUAUUGUGAAGUACCUUCAAACAAGCAAACAUUGCCCCCAGUGCAAUCUCAAGGUCCAUGAGACACAUCCAUUGUUUCACCUGCGUGCUGAUCGUACAAUGCAGGACAUUGUGUACAAGCUUGUGCCUCAUUUAUUUGAAAAUGAAGAAAAGAGAAGGGAAGACUUUAACAAAUCUAGGGGGGUUGUAACACCUGUAAAACCAGGCAAGAAAGCUGAAGUUCACACACCACCUAAACUUUCUACUGUUAUAAACACACCAGACGGCCACAAAUAUCACCAUGAUGAACAAAUCUGUUUGUGCCUAGAGCCCCUAAGACAUCAGGAACGAGACUACUGUGGGCAACGUUUAUCCCUGAGGCAGCUGGAAAAAAAGUUUGUUCGUUGUUCUAUUCGCGUCCUUAUUUCCCACCUAAAGGCAAUGCUGCAUCGAAAACUGGCUGUGCCACCAGAAAUAAAGUUUGAUAUACUUUGUGAAGAUGAAGUUCAAGCAGAGGAGACAUCUUUAAAACAAAUCUACUUGAUGACUUGGUAUGGAAAGGAAACACCUAUGGUGCUGUACUACCAGUUUACAACAGAUGACAGUGUAACAUGAGAUUGGACAUUCACAACCUGGCGUCAAUGUACUUUGAAGCCUUAUUUGUUUAUUACUUGUGAAAAUAUCAUCAUUCAGCCAGAAAACAUUAUAAAGGCUUUCUUAACUCCAAAUUAUGAAAUGUUGGGAGAGGAGGGUAGCUGUAAAUAGCUCUUUCUCCAAAACUGUUAAGGCUGGAGACACAUCAUUUCUGUGUUUAUACGGUGGUUGGUAGAGGAAUCAUUGGAGGGGUUUGUUCUAUGCCUAAAUGUGAUAAAUCCUUUUUAACCUUCAGCAAUUUAUAUUAGCUUUAAAGAAUGUGACCAACAAAUUGCUGAGGUUUUUUUAGUACAUGGGUCACAACAGUUCUGCAUUGUUUUGAUAAUUAUGUCUGCUCAGCUUCUUCCCUCACUGUGCCUUCCUUACAAAGGAACUUCCUUGGUUUCUUUAUAGCAUUUAUUCUUUUCAGUAAAACCUUUUCUAGCCAACUAGAAAAUGCUCUGAUCAAUUGUUAUAAAACUGAGUUAAACAUAGGAAUAAUUCUUUUUUUUUCCUCAUGUUUUUACUUCAUCGAGGAAGAGUUAAAAAAAACUACGCAGAUCAUAGUAUGAAGGAAUAUGAAUACAUUACUUUCUAGAAGGGCACUACACUGAAGUAAAAGAUGUACUAAUAAAUCAUUUAUGCACUAAACAUC